UCUUCUUCUUACAAAAGAUGACGCAGAACGAAACCACCUAUACGUGCAUCGACAGUCCGUGCUCGGUCUUUCCCGACGACAAGAAUAAGCACGAACUGAACGGGUUACAAGCCGCUGCCAUCUUCAUCUUCAGCCUGUACAUCGCUCUGGCGCUCUUCUACAUAUGUGCCAAGUGGCUUAUUGCCAUUAAAUCGGCGACGGACCAGCACUACACGGACACGGUCAUGAGGAACGCCACCGUCGAGAGGUUCGUGCUGGAGAUGGCCGAGGAGAAGCCCAUUCGCUUCACGCCGGAGCAGCUCGCCGCGUACACGCGCAACUACUCCGUGCGCCUCGGCGCCGGCGGCUUCGGCACCGUCUAUCGGGGCGCGCUCCCCAACGGCCUCGCCGUGGCCGUCAAGGUGCUCCACCCCGGCCUUGACACCAGAUCGUCCGGGGAGCAGUUCAUGGCGGAGAUGGGCACCAUCGGCAGGACGCACCACAUCAACCUCGUCAGGCUCUACGGCUUCUGCUUCGACGCCGACGCCACACGCGCGCUCGUCUACGAGUUCAUGGAGAACGGCUCGCUCGACGACUACCUGUCCUCCGCCCGCAGGGCCGGCGGCGUGAGCAUGCCCACGGUGGCCGCCAUCGCCACCGGCGUCGCCAGGGGACUCAGGUACCUCCACGAGGAGUGCCAGCGAAAGAUCGUGCACUAUGACAUCAAGCCCGGCAACGUCCUCCUCGACGCCGCCCUCACGCCCAAGGUGGCCGACUUCGGCCUCGCGCGCCUCGUCAACCGCGCCGACACGCACGUCUCCCUCUCCUGCGGCCGCGGCACCCCGGGCUACGCCGCGCCGGAGGUGUGGAUGGAGCUACGCAUCACGGAGAAGUGCGACGUCUACAGCUUCGGCAUGCUCCUCCUCAAGAUCGUGGAGCACGGCAGCAACCACGACGCCGAUGCCACCGCCGCGCCCGAGAGCAGCCGGCAGUGGUUCCCAAUGGCCGCGUGGACCAGGUACGACGCCGGCGAGCUGAUGGACCUCAUCGUGGUCCACCAUGAUGAUGACCCGCUUUGCAGAGGAGAGCUGGCGGAGAGGAUGUGCAAGGUGGCAUUCUGGUGUGCGCAGCAGCGGCCAUCGGCGAGGCCGUCCAUGAGCGCCGUGGUGAAGAUGCUCGAGGGCGAGACGGAGAUUGCCCCGCCGCCAAACCCAUUCCAGUACCUCAUGAUGGAGACGCCGGCGGCCAACCUGCGGAUGGCAAUGGAGAGCAGCAGUACGUACUAGUGGGGGUG